AUGAAUGUUCAAUCAAAUCAUAUGCUUUCUUGUAAACCUGUUUCAAAUGAGAUUGAGAAUCAUUCGGAAUAUGCUUAUGUAACCGCGCCGUCUUCACCUCUAAUAGAAUAUACUUAUGCAACCACUAUUGCCCUUAUCUAUAAUCGAGACUUUGUGAAUUUUCCAUCCAAAUCUAUUGAAACAGAUCAAUACGAUUCUAGUGAAGACAUGAGUG